CUGAGGGAGAUCUAAGUGAUAAUAAACAAACCCGCAGAAGUAGGGAUCGGCACUUGAGUUUUGCAGAGGAGGAAGCUGAGCUGGCUCAGAUUCCGGAAGUCAUCGGACCUAGGUCACAGAAAGAACCUGGGGCCUGCCCUCCCCCGCUGCAGGCCAUGAUGACUCUGCAAUUAAUCAUGUUUGCUCUGGUGACAGGGCACGUCGGGGGGGAGACCAGAAUCAUCAAGGGCUACGAGUGCGCCCCUCAUUCACAGCCCUGGCAAGUGGCUCUGUUCCAGAAGACGAGGCUGCUCUGCGGGGCCACGCUCAUCGCCCCCAGAUGGCUCCUGACAGCAGCCCACUGCCGCAAGCCCCGAUACGUGAUUCACCUGGGGGCGCACAGCCUCCAGCAGCAGGAUGGCUGUGAGCAGACCCGAACUGCCACCAAGUCCUUCCCCCACCCAGACUUCAACAACAGCCUCCCCAACAAAGACCACCGCAACGACAUCAUGCUGGUGAAGAUGACGACCCCGGCCCAACUCACCUGGGCCGUGCGACCCCUCACCGUGUCACGGCGCUGCGUCCCUGCGGGCGCCAACUGCCUCAUUUCCGGCUGGGGCACCAUGUCCAGCCCCCAGUUGCACCUGCCCCGUACCUUGCGAUGUGCCAACAUCACCAUCAUCAAGCACGAGGAGUGUGAGGACGCCUACCCCGGCAACAUCACGGACACCAUGGUGUGUGCCAGUGUCCGAAAGGAGGGCAAGGACUCCUGCCAGGGUGACUCUGGGGGCCCUCUGGUCUGUAAUGGGUCUCUUCAAGGCAUCAUCUCCUGGGGCCAGGAUCCAUGUGCUGUCUCCAAAAAGCCUGGUGUUUACACAAAGGUCUGCAAAUAUGUGGACUGGAUCCAGAAGACCAUGGAGAACAAUUAG